AUGGAAGGUGGUGUUAAAUUGGACAGAUGGGGUUACGAGGUUAACACUUCCUCAGAUGCUUGCAUCUCUGCCAUCAACUCUUAUUACCAUCAGGUUCUUAGUUAUGGAAGAGAGAGGCCUGUGAUUUUGGAAGCAACUCUUCAUGACAAAGACUGCGUAUUAGCCAAUAUUUUGGCAGCUCAUUACCUCUGCUCCUCUCCGAAUCCUUCCCGAGCGUCUUCCCAUAUCCAGGCUGCAAACUCUCGACUUGAAGAAGCCACCCCUUAUGAGAAAGCUGUUUUUGAUGCUCUUAAUUCUCUGAUUUGUGAGAAUAGAGAUGACGAUGCUGCUCUUCAAUCUCAUUCUAAGCUCCUCAAUGAUUUCCCAAAAGAUCUAGUUUCUCUUAAAAGAGCUCAAGUUUUAUGCUUCUACAUGGGUAGACCUGACCUGUCCCUGGAACUUGUGCAAAAGGUUCUACCCAAAAACCAACAAGAAGAUUAUAUAUAUGGCAUGCUUGCUUUUCCAUUACUAGAGCUGGGCCGAAUGGCUGAUGCCGAGGAAGCAGCAAGGAAGGGAUAUGAGAUCAACAAGCAAGAUUACUGGACGCAACAUGCUAAAUGUCAUGUCCUUCAGUAUCAUUGCCGUUUCAAAGAAGCAGUAGACUUCAUGGAAGAAUGCUCAUCUUCAUGGAGUUCUUGCUCAUCAUUUAUGCUGACACAUAAUUGGUGGCAUGUAGCUCUUUGUUACUUGGAAGGUCAUGCUUCGGUGAGAAAAGUCUUAGAAGUUUACGACCUUCAUAUCUGGAAGGAGUUGGAAAAAGCUGAUGCGGUGCAUCCAGAAGUGUACUUGAACGCUCUGGGUUUGUUGUUGCGUUUGUAUGUAAGGGGUGAGCUUGGCAUCUUUGAGGACCGUCUGAAGACCUUAGCUUCCUGCAUAACAGAUCAAACCAACUGGUAUUUAGAAUGGCACCUUAAUGUGUUGAUAUUAUGGGCCUUGGCUAAAACUGGUGAACCUUCAAAAGCAGAAGAUUUACUUGAGGUCUUGAAAUCAAGAAUGUAUAAGAUGAGCAAGAAGAAGCAACAAAGAAUGCAGAAAGUGAUUCUGCUUGCAGAAGCCCUAUUCGAGUAUGGAAGGGGCAAUGACAAGCAGGCAUUAGAUUUACUUGGUUCAGAUUUUGAUGCCAAAGAUUGUAAGAUGCUUGGGGCAUCAGAUGAACAACUUGAUGUAUUUAACGAAGUCUGGUACAGUAUGUUGCUAAAUACUGGACAAGCUGCCAAGGCAAUUGAAGUAAUGGAGAAGGGGAUCAAGAAGAGGGAAGGAGCCCCAUUCAUGUGGCGCUUACUGGAAAGAGGCUAUGCAAUGACUGGCAGUCAGGAAGCAACAGUUGCUGGUGAGAAGGCUAGAGCCUUAGAAGCUGCAUAUUUCGUAUAG